CAGCGGUGCUCCCUAGGCGAGCCCGCCGACUUCUCCAGGGCUCCUGAGCGGCAAGACCUUUCGGUGCUCGGACCUCCCGGCACUGAGGCUAAGUUUCCGGGAGCAGCUUUCAGCAAGGCACCAACCGGAAGUGUCUGUGUUGUGGCGGAAGAAGGUGCUUUCUUGGAGCAGCUAGUGCAGAGAGAAGCGGGACCGGCAAAGAUGAUUCAGGCGAUUCUGGUUUUCAACAAUCAUGGAAAGCCGCGGCUGGUCCGCUUCUACCAGCGUUUUCCAGAAGAAAUUCAACAGCAGAUUGUGCGAGAGACUUUUCAUCUGGUCCUCAAGCGAGAUGACAACAUCUGUAACUUCUUAGAAGGUGGAAGUUUGAUUGGUGGCUCUGACUACAAGCUGAUUUACCGGCACUAUGCUACCCUCUACUUUGUGUUCUGUGUGGAUUCAUCAGAGAGCGAACUUGGGAUCUUGGACCUUAUCCAGGUUUUCGUGGAGACUCUGGAUAAGUGUUUUGAAAAUGUGUGUGAGUUGGAUUUGAUCUUCCAUAUGGAUAAGGUGCACUACAUCCUUCAGGAGGUGGUGAUGGGCGGCAUGGUGUUGGAAACGAACAUGAAUGAAAUUGUGGCUCAAAUGGAAGCUCAAAACAGGCUGGAGAAGUCGGAGGGCGGCCUGUCAGCAGCCCCAGCGAGGGCCAUGUCUGCUGUGAAGAACAUCAACCUCCCCGAGAUCCCCAGGAACAUCAACAUCGGCGACCUCAACAUCAAAGUCCCCAACCUGUCCCAGUUUGUGUGACGGCGGAGGGCUGGACUGAACUGGAGUUCCUAGGAUGAGCAAAGCAGUCAAGACCAGAAGCAGGACCCUGUUGAGCCUUUAGAGUCGCACCUUGGACCCCGAGCCUUUCACGGAUGGGAAGGGAGUUGUUGGUGCACGCCGCUGGCAGGGCACUAAGCCACUGCUCCUUUGCCGC